UCUAUCUCAGGACAUAACCCCCAUGUGGUGUCUGCUGCAGCCAGAACCAGGUGCACUAUUCCCUGAUUGGGAUAGGUAGGGGUGACACUCUUGGGCACUGAAGUUUAGUUCCUCAGUGAACUACAUUGAACGCUGCAGGGGAACUGCAUGCCUGUUUCUCUCUCUCGGUCUCUGACAUGCCAUGUUGAUUUCUUGGUGGUUUCUAUACCUGGCAGCCCGGAACAUCAUCGAUCAAACUCUGGACAUGGCCUCAGUCCUGCAGAAGCUCAUUAUGCCCAUGUUUAGUGGGCCAGCAGAGCCACCCAGGAACAAGGUGACGGUGGUCGGAGUGGGCCAAGUGGGAAUGGCCUGUGCCAUCAGCAUCCUGCUAAGGGAGUUUUGUGAUGAGUUGGCUCUGGUGGAUGUGAUGGAGGAUAAACUCAAAGGAGAGAUGAUGGACCUCCAGCAUGGCAGCCUCUUCUUAAAGACACCCAAGAUAGUUGCUGGCAAAGAUUACUCUGUGACUGCUCACUCCCGGAUCGUUGUGGUCACAGCUGGCGUCCGCCAGCAAGAGGGGGAAAGCAGGUUGAAUCUGGUGCAGAGGAAUGUCAACAUUUUUAAACACAUCAUCCCUCAGAUUGUCAGAUACAGCCCCAACUGCAUCCUGAUUGUGGUUUCCAACCCAGUGGAUGUCUUAACCUAUGUGACCUGGAAGCUGAGUGGUCUGCCCAAACACCGGGUCAUCGGUAGCGGCACCAACUUGGACUCUGCCCGUUUCCGCUACCUGAUGGCCGAGAGGCUGGGUAUCCACCCAAGCAGCUUCAACGGUUGGAUCUUAGGAGAGCACGGAGACUCCAGUGUGCCUGUAUGGAGUGGUGCUAAUGUAGCUGGAGUGAAUCUUCAGAACCUCAACCCAGACAUCGGGACGGACGCUGACCAGGAGAACUGGACGGAAACACAUAGGAAGGUUGUAGACAGUGCCUACGAGGUCAUUAAACUGAAGGGCUACACUAACUGGGCCAUUGGUCUGAGUGUGGCUGAUCUGAUUGAAAGCCUCAUGAAAAAUCUGAACAGGAUCCAUCCAGUAUCAACUAUGGUAAAGGGCAUGUUUGGCAUAGGUGAUGAGGUCUACUUGAGCCUGCCCUGUGUGCUGAACAGCAAUGGGGUGAGCAGUGUGGUCAACAUGACUCUGACUGAUGAUGAGAGGGCCCAGCUGAAGAGAAGCGCUGAUACACUGUGGAACAUCCAGAGGGACCUGAAAGACUUGUGAUUUAAUAAUGUGACCAAUUCAUUCAGUCAUUACAAAUAACCUGAAAGUUCAAAACACUGCAUGGUUAAAACUCUUACGUACGGUCUCAGUCAUUUCAAUGUAACUGAUUUCUAUAUAUGUUUGAAUAAACCUUAAAAACCUAA